UCCAUUGCUGCCUUUCCGCUCCAAUCCUUUCCCUUUGUACAAGUCUUUCAUUGCCUGAGUCGCCUCUCCUCCGUUUUCUUUUGACUUCCCCCGUGGUGGCUGCUGAUCUCGAGUUCAUAAAGUUGAAAGAACUCGGGUCCCUGCCCCUAAGCCCUAUAUUAUAUCAUUUCACACACUCUCUAUAUUGAUUGAUCCCCGAUUGUGAUAGCUCAUACACUUUUGACGGGGCGCAACCUGGGACUGGCCGACUUGCCGAAACAAGAAUGAAGGUCAUCAAAGCGCUCUUCGAUUACCAACCGGAGCCCGGAAACUCACAGGAGCUUGCGUUCAGCAAGGGAGACUUCUUUCACGUUAUCAGCAGGGAGGACGAUCAGGAUUGGUACGAGGCGUGCAAUCCCCUCAUCCCUAGUGCCAGGGGGUUGGUUCCCGUGUCUUUCUUCGAAGUCAUAGGCAAGAACGAGAGAGAUAGCGUUGGCUCCGUCGACUUCUAUAAAAAGAAAGAGCCGCACGACUCCGGCUUUUCAGAUCGCUCCGCGUUCCCCGCCUCCGAUUUCGUCCACAGCCCGCCCCGAUCCUCUUCGCAGCUCAGGAUGUCGGCAUUAGGGAAGGGCUCGAGCCCUAUGGUCUACGGCAUCGUUCAGUACGACUUUCAGGCCGAGCGACCAGACGAGCUGGAUGCGAAGGCCGGCGAGGCCAUCAUCGUGAUCGCUCAGUCAAAUCCGGAAUGGUUCGUCGCUAAACCUAUCGGUCGCCUUGGGGGACCAGGUCUGAUCCCGGUCUCUUUCAUUGAGUUGCGCGAUAUGCAAACUGGUCAGGCGGUGACCGAUCCGUUGGAGGCCGUCAGGCGCGCCGGCGUGCCCAAGGUGGAAGAAUGGAAGAAGAUGACGGCCGAGUACAAGAACAGCAGCAUCACUCUGGGCAAGAUCGAGAGCAAUGGCUCGUCGUCGAUGCAGUCAGUUACAUCAGGAGUGGACCGAAUGUCCAUUGGCCGGCAGAGUACGAGCCAGAUGAGCCAGAACGGCCAUAUGUCUGCCUACCACAAUCGCAACGCAAGCAAAAGCUCUCUCGUGCAACAAGUAUCUCAUCAGUCUCAGCAAAGCUACCACCAACCUCUCAUGGCGCCCAUCGCCGCCUCGAUUCCUCGCUACUGCUUCGACAACGAUAAAUACUGGUAUAUCAUCGAGGCGAAGAUGGAGGACGGCCGCUGUUGGGAGCUGUCACGCUAUUACCACGACUUCUACGAUUUCCAGAUCGCCCUUUUGACUCAGUUUGAGGAGGAGGCGGGGAACCGUGGGAAGCCGCGCACGUUACCUUAUAUGCCCGGACCUGUCACCCACGUUACGGAUGCCAUCUCCAAUGGCCGCCGACAGAACCUGGAUGAAUAUAUCAAGAAGUUGCUGGCCAUGCCACCCCACAUCUCCCGCUGCCAACUGGUCCGCCAAUUAUUCGCGCCCCGUGCUGGGGACUUUGAGAUUGAUCCAAGCGCAUUUGGCGAGGACGCACGGUUCUCUGGUGGCUCGCACCAUUCGUCGACGCAUGAACCCACGCGCAGCGUAUCGCGGCAGUCCUCGCAGGCUCCGAUCGCCGUGCACACGGAGCGCAACUCUCACCAUCGGGGCCAGCCGUCUCUGUCCCUGGGCAACGGCGGUCCACCUCCCAUGAACCGCCAACCCAGUUCGAUCACCCAAGUCUCCACCACCUCAAGCAGCGGUGCCAUGAAAGUCAAGGUGUUUUUCCAAGACGACCUAAUUGCCAUCCGGGUUCCCAGCGAUAUCAGCCUCCAGCAGUUGAGGGAGAAGCUGAUUGAUCGUCUCAAGAUUCAAGAUGAGAUCGUCGUUCAGUAUAAAGACGAGCCUUCAGGGACAUAUGUCGACUUGGCCAAUGAUGCCGACCUUGACACGGCGAUUUCGCGAAACUCCAAACUCACCCUAUACGUCGAAAUUGCAUAGAAGCGAUGAUUUUCAUCUCAGCUCUUAUAGACCUGUCCGUUCUUCUCGUUUCGUUUGUUUGCACCUCAUUUUUCUGGUGCACUGGUGUUAUGGUGUCCUUCUCUUUCUAUCCUUG